AUGUACGGCAAGGAGAUGGCAAAUAAUGUUGGCAUUUCUGAAGGACAGUUCAGCAAGGUGUUCUGUACGUGGAUCAAUCUUCUGCAGAGCACCCUGAAGAAACUUUUACACUUCCCAAAGGUACAUCAAAUCCAAGCAUAUUUACCCCCUUCAUUCAAAAAUUUUUCGAACACUCGUCUUGUCCUUGACGCAACGGAACUUAGAAUCCAGCGACCUAGUUCUCUCAAUGCACAACGCCAAACCUUUUACAACUAUAAACAUUACAACACCUACAAAGUCAUAAUCGGAUGCACACCAGAUAGGUACGUGGCUUUUGUGUCCAAGCUCUGGGGAGGAUCAGUAUCUGACAUUGCCAUAGUGGAGCAAAGUGGACUGCUUUGGCUUCUUGAACCAGGUGAUGCUAUUAUGGUGGACAAAGGGUUUAAGUUCACCCACCUUCCUCCCGGUGUUAAAGUGUACUGCUCAGAGUUCCACCAGCCUCACGACCUACAAAUGAAGAGAGAAGCUGUACUUGGGACAAGACAAAUAGCAGGUGCACGCGUUCAUGUGGAGAGAGUGAUUGGAAGAGUGAAACAAUUCCACAUACUUCAGACACCACUACCAAUCUCAAUGAUAGACAUUGCCGAACAAAUUUUCCAUGUCUGCUGUUAUUUCAGCAAUUUUCGUCCCCCUCUAAUCCAGAACUGA